GGAAGACUCUUGGGUCUCUUUAUUUUAAUACCUCUUUUUGAAACAGGGAAUCCAUCGAUAUCAACUUAAUCUUAUUACUCUUAGUAAAAAUGCCACCAAAAACAAAGGCAAAGUUCGGUAAGGAAAUACCAAAGAAACUUAAAAAGAAAAUGGCGCCCAAGGAAAAAGGAAAUGUAAAAGCAAAAGAAAAUAAAAACAAAAGCAAAAUAGGAAAGGAAAAGGGAACUGCAUCCGCUACCAAAACAGAUCUUGUCCCCACCACUCAAAAAUCCCAGACCACUGGCGAGGAGCUCAAUAAAAAUGCCGCUUCGGAGCGAGAAAAUAGAAAGAGAUCCAGCGAGGAGUCCUUACUCUCUGCUAAUGAAGAUAUUCCCACCAAGCAAGCUACACCUGCCAAGAAGCUACGUCUAACCGAAAUCAAUCCCUUGGAAAAGGCCAUUGCAGAAGUGGUAAUGGAAGGUGAUGGAAGUUCAGAAUCCACAUUUAUUGAGCCCAGUCCCCAGAGUUCCAUGGAAUCGUUCAUUACAAAUGCUGAAAAGUUUCUAGAACUACCCGAAAUUUCCGAUGAAGAAGAUAGUCAAGGUUCCAAAGAUGACGAAUUGGAAUAUUUAAAGCAGAAGGAAUUGGAACUUACCCCAGACUUUUUUGAAAAUUUUCAAAAUGUCCCCGAUGUGGAGGAUGUAUCUUUAGACUCUGUGGUGGAUGUGGCAAAAGUGAAACACAAAGCUAAGGAUCAAUCGGGUCGUUUAGAUUUGGGAACAUUUGUUAAUCCUUUGACGGGUGAAAUUAGUUCUUCCUCCAAGGAAUCCGUGAAAAUCACAAUAGAAGAACCCAAGGAAGUGGUGAAAACCAAGGCAGAUAUUCCCGGAGUCGAAGAAGAGGACGAUGUGGAGGACAUGGAACAGAUAUCCAUCGAUAUACCCAUUUUAUCAGAUCAAGAGGCAGAAGAUGAGGCUAAAAAAGUGGCCGAUGAGGAAGAUACCUUCAAUCAAUUUUUAGAAUUGGAAACCCAAGGACCUACGGUGACGGAGGAAGAAAUCGAUGUUGAGGCCUUGGCAAGGGCCGAAGCUGAGCGCCAACUUCGCGCUCAGACAAUCGAAUUUGUUUAUGAUCUAAUUUCUCGGGCCGUCGACAAAGCAGAAUAUGUUGACCCAAAGGUAAUUCUUCGACAAAAUCUCGACAAACGUAAACUCAUGAAAGAACUGCAAGAAAAGUUGUCGCUUUUGGAAGUGGAAAAGAGAGGACAACAAUUUCUAAAUCGUAAAUGUGUUGAAUAUUUUCGACGCAAACGUUCAUUCCGCCCGAUUUUGGAUGAUAAUCCCAAAAUGUUACAUCAGGAAAUAAGAAAAUAUCAGGCAGCUGUGAAUAAUUUGGAUAAAUGGUUAAUACGGGAGCAGGAGGCGAAGUCCUUAACGGAAAAUAAUUUACAAACUCUAAACAUGGAAUUGAAUAUUACACGGCAGAGGUCAGAGGAUGAAAUCAGCAAUUUACAGAAUACGCUUCGCAGGGCAUUGAAGAGAGAAAAUUUCGAUAAACUUCAAGUGGUUGUGGAGAAUUCGUUGGCAAAAAUGCAGACAGUGAGAGGAGAAAUUGCAAAAGUCAGAUUUCAAUUGAUCCAGAAGCAACAUGAUAUGGCAACACUGGUCGAGCAACUACGCGAUCUGGAAGAUCUUGGCAAUGGGCUGACAAUGCGUAACUUUGAGACGAUUCAAACCGAAACCCAGGCUUUGGGAAAGAAAAUAGAAGAACGCAACACGGAACUCAAUAAGUUACGUUAUCGUUGCCACGGCGAUAUUCAUCGACAGGCCCACCUAAAAGAGAAGCAGAAAAUGCUGCACGAAACUAUCAACUUUCAGCGUCAAUAUCUCGCCGAACUUCAACUUGAAAAGCAACGCCUACGGGAAAUUGUGUUUCAAUUGAAAAUUGAACGAUGUCGUUUACGAAAAGAAUCCCAAGAUAUAAGUUUUCAAUCGGGACUAUUAGAUAAACCAAUUUUGAUGAAAGAUUUCGAUGCAACCGUUGAAUAUUUGGAAGAGUUGCAAGAACGUGUAGCACAAGAGAAAAUUGCGAUCAGUGAAUUGAAUGAAAAAAUUACGAGUGUGGAAAAAUCUUGUUCGUAAAGCGGAUAUUAAGAGGGGUUAUGUCAGUUUGUUGAUUGAUUUUUAUUAAAAUAAAUACAAAAUUUAGUAUAAUUUCGUCGGAGAUCCAAA